CCUGAGAAAUAACCGUUGCAAAGAAAUAAAUACAUGUGAGAUUGUAGGCAGUCAUCAUCGGGUACAAACCGCGAUCCUAGUGUCUUUAUUCGCUCAGAAGUCAAUCAACGAUCGUCGGGCGCAGUCGUUACAAGAAGAUCUCCUUCAUUUCUAACCGGAUUUUGAAUUUUGUGAAUAGUGAAACGGCGCAAUAGUCGAACUGCGGAAAUGGUGCGAAAUGCUGUGCUGAUCUGCAUAUUGCUGAGGAUAGCGAACUUCGUGAUUGCAGAUGAAACCCGUAUCACAUUUGUCGAGGAUGACGAAGACGAAGCCUCCAACGGGACUCAACCCUUGGAUCAGGACGACAUGGAGUACGAACAGGAUAACGAAGGAGAUACGUUGAUUCCCCAGCUGAGGAUGUCCCAUGAGUUGCAGGAGAAUUACAUCACCCUACCGGACAAGGACGGAGAUUUCCAAAUUGUCCCGCGGUUUUCCGUUCGCGAGGGUCGUCGGAACAGUAGCCAUUUUGACGCGGCCAAGUACGUCCGGUUUCGUUUCUAUACCAGCUCAAGUCGUAAUCAGUCGGCAGAGUUGGGCUUCGAUCAGAUCCAUACGUUGCCGUACGACUACGGAUUCAACGUGUUGCUCCCGACGAUGGUCCUGAUUCAUGGUUGGCUAGGGAGUUCAGAAUCGGAAGUGAUUGAACCGCUGGCGCAGGAGUUGCUGGAGCACACCAAUAUGAAUGUCCUGGCCGUGGAUUGGGAGAAGGGAGCCAGCACGUUGCUCUAUCCCGUUGCAAGGUACCGGGUACCCAAGGUUGGGAAACUGGUAGCGGCCGUGAUCGACAGAUUCUUGGACUUUGGUCAAACGCCGGAGCAGAUCGGAAUCAUUGGACACAGCCUCGGGGCACAUAUUGCCGGCAUAGCGGGAAAGAAUACCCGGCGGAAGAUUGCGUGCAUCGUUGGGCUUGAUCCAGCAUCGCCACUGUUCCGUUUGAAAAAGCCGUCGAAACGCCUAUCAGACACAGAUGCCCAAUACGUGGAGGUAAUUCAUACGAACGGAAAAGCGCUGGGGAUUUUUGCGAGAAUCGGAGUGACCGAUUUCUAUCCGAACGGUGGAGCGAAACAACCGGGCUGCGGAUGGAAUAUUAGCUGUAGUCACCAGAGAGCGGUGGACUAUUUUAAGGAAUCGUUGAAGACUCGCAACUAUUUCGCCAAUCGAUGUAACGAUGAGAAGGGACUGGAUUCAAAUUGCUCGUUGGGCGUGGCUUCUUUAGGGGGAUUUAGAGCACUUGGCAGUAGGGGUAAGCCACGAGGAGUUUAUUACGCGCAAACUGCUAAAAGUAAACCGUUUUUGAGGAGUUGAGGACAAGCCAGGAGAUUCCAGCGACUCUAUUAGGUUUAUUUAGGAUUGAUGGGGAUUUUAAUGGAGAUUUUAAAGACAAGCUAUAAGUAAAAGUAAUUUAGAUAGUGGCAUAAUGCCAGACACAAGUUUAUAAAAAUUGACGUUCAAUCAUUUAGACAGGGAUAAAUUCCAUAAUGAAUAAACUGAAAACUGAGGUUUUUUUCCAUAAGCAAA